AUCACUGAUAGUGUAAGGGUGUCGACGUCGAUGAUGUGUCCGAUUACCGAUCGACCGGUAAUAUGACAGUACAAUAGCCGCGGCUGAAGAAAAAACGGGUUAUUAAACCAUCACCGAUAUAUCGACACAUAUAAGACACCGACAACUGUCCACUAACUGCAUACCCGCGCCCGCACUGGCCGUCCAUYAGCUCCUCCUCCUAUAKGAUGCCAUCAACAGCUGUAUUAUCAUCGUUGCCGAUGGGUUUGCGCUUCUUAGGCAACCGUUAUUACCAUCGAUACCAACGUCAUCACAAUCACUACCAACUGUCCACUUAUCGGCUACUUGUCCUCGGUUUGACAUUUGUAUCCUAUGCCGCCUUUCAUAUGUCCCGACGGCCGCURAGUGUUGUGAAAAAUGUCUUCAGCCGUAACUGUUCGCAACUGUUGGACGCCACCGGCGAAAGCCUGGCCACUGGUGGUGGCGGUGAUGCCGUCUAUGAUGACAAUGAUGACCCCAAUUGGUGUAAUUGGGAACCGUUUGGCGGUUCGGAUGCCAACACACUGUUAGGUCUUCUCGACUCUUCGUUUCUGUUUUCGUACGCCAUCUGUAUGUUUGUAUCGGGAUUUCUGGCCGAACGAAGUCAUUUGCGGUUAUUUCUCGGUACGGGAAUGCUAUUAUCGGGUCUGAUGACCGCUUUGCUCGGCUGUGCCUACUAUUAUGAUAUACAUUCGCUAAACUAUUUUAUUGUUAUACAAAUAAUUUGCGGUGCCGUCCAGACAACCGGUUGGCCAGCAGUAGUAUCAUCGGUAAGCAAUUGGUUUGGCAAGUCGUCGCGCGGCCUGAUAUUCGGUAUAUGGAAUUCACAUACAAAUGUCGGCAAUAUUAUCGGUGCUCUAAUUGCCGGCUAUUAUGUCGAAACUAAUUGGGGACUCAGUUUUAUAGUACCGGCGCUUAUCAUAAUGUCGGCCAGUCUACUAGUUUUCCUAUUUUUUACGCCCUAUCCCGAAGAAGUGGGCAUCGCCUCCAUAGACACCCACCGCGAAGUGACUCAGAAGUUGGCCAACAAUUUGAUUGAAAAUUGUGUCUAUAAUAACAAUAAGAAAUCAAUGUUCAAUCAAUUACAGCAACAACAACAACAACAACACCGGAGGAAAUCAUCAACGAAUAAGUUAUUGUUGAAUAGCAAUGRAGGAGAUGUUUUGGACGAUGAAGUCGAUGACGACAACGACAAUAGUUCACUGAUGUCAACGACAACUACAGCGGGUGAUAAUCAGUCAGUAUUACCAUCGAUGAUAGUCAACAGCAGCAAAAGUGAUCGGCAAGUGGUCUCAUUUAUGACGGCACUGAAAAUUCCUGGAGUCAUUGAGUUUUCGUUGUGUCUAUUCUUUGCCAAACUAGUCAGCUAUACAUUCCUAUAUUGGUUACCGAAAUAUAUCGGGUUUUCAACCGACUCUUCAUCAUCGGGUUCGGCAUAUCUGUCCACACCGUUCGAUUUGGGMGGUAUUGYCGGUGCCAUACUGGCCGGCCAUUUAGUGGACAGGACGGGUGCCAGUGCUCUGAUCUGUAUAAUUAUGUUGACUUUUGCCAUUCCAUCAUUAUUUCUGUAUCAACUAUACGGAAGUGUCUGUGAUAUGAGUAAUAUAGUACUUCAGCUAAUAGCCGGUGUCUUUGUUAACGGUCCCUAUGCACUGAUAUCGACCACUGUAUCGGCCGAAUUGGGAACAAAGUUGGCCAACAGUCAGGCACUGGCCAUUGUUACGGCUAUUAUCGACGGYACCGGUUCUAUAGGCGCUGCUAUCGGACCACUACUAGCUGGCCGGGUAUCGCAAACCGGUUGGUCCAAUGUCUUCUAUAUGGUUAUGUUAGCCGAUCUGUUGGCACUGUUAUCGCUGUUGAGAAUCGGUAGCCAAGAAUAUAAACGUUUGGUACGUAAUAAUCGGCUACUGAUUCUCGACAAUAGAUAUAUUUGA